GGCUCCCAUUGUCUCCGCAGAUGCCGCCUGGUCCAGCUACCGUGCUAGGAUUGUUCGUUUUGGGGGGACACGCUCUUAUUCUUUUCUUCGAGUCGUCCCGCGGCCCAGAACGGAAUUCUAGAGUUGCGUGGACUCUUCUUCCCUCCUUAGGACCCACUUUGCCCCGUCUCCAGGGGGAGAGCAGCUAUGUCCGCGCUGCGACCUCUCCUCCUUUUGCUGCUCCCUCUGUGUCCUGGCCCUGGACCGGGGCGUGGGAGUGAGGCAAAGGUCACCCGGAGUUGCGCGGAGACUCGGCAGGUGCUGGGAGCCCGGGGAUAUAGUUUAAACCUGAUCCCGCCCUCCCUCAUCUCAGGUGAGCACCUGCAGCUCUGUCCUCAGGAGUACACUUGCUGUUCCAGUGAGACGGAGCAGAAGCUGCUCAGGGAUGCUGAGGCCACCUUCCGCAGCCUGGUGGAGGACAGCGGCUCCUUCCUCAUCCACACACUGGCUGCCCGGCACAGGAAGUUUCAUGAGUUUUUUCGGGAGAUGCUGUCUACAUCCCAGCAUUCCUUGGCCCAGCUCUUCUCGCAUUCCUAUGGCCGCCUAUAUUCCCAGCACGCCAUCAUCUUCAACGGGCUGUUCUCUGGCCUGCGGGACUACUAUGAGAAGUCUGGCGAGGGCUUAGAUGACACCUUGGCAGAUUUCUGGGCGCAGCUUCUGGAGAGGGCCUUCCCUUUGCUGCACCCCCAGUACAGCUUCCCUCCUGACUUCCUGCUCUGCCUUACUCGGCUCACUUCAACUGCUGAUGGCUCCCUGCAGCCCUUCGGGGACUCGCCCCGUCGCCUCCGCCUACAGAUAACCCGGGCACUGGUGGCAGCCCGGGCCUUGGUCCAGGGUCUGGAGACGGGAAGAAAUGUGGUCAGUGAAGCACUUAAGGUGCCCGUGGUGGAAGGCUGCAGGCAGGCCCUGAUGCGUCUGAUCGGAUGCCCACUCUGCCGGGGAGUCCCCUCGCUUCUGCCCUGCCGGGGCUUCUGCCUCAAUGUGGCCCAUGGCUGCCUCAGCAGCAGGGGACUGGAGCCCGAGUGGGGCGGAUAUCUGGAUGGUCUCCUGCUGCUGGCUGAGAAACUCCAGGGACCCUUUUCCUUUGAGCUGGCUGCUGAGUCCAUUGGGGUGAAGAUCUCGGAAGGUCUGAUGCACCUGCAGGAGAACAGUGGAAAGGUGUCAGCCAAGGUGUUCCAGGAGUGCGGGACCCCCCAUCCGGUGCAGUCCCGUAGCCGGCGAGCCCCGGCGCCCAGAGAAGAGGAGAGCCGGUCGUGGAGGGCGGCGGCGGAGGAGGAGCGGCCCACGACGGCGGCGGGCACUAAUUUGCACCGUCUGGUGUGGGAGCUCCGCGAGAGGCUGGGCCGAGUGCGGGGCUUCUGGGCCGGGCUGCCCGUGACGGUGUGCGCGGACGCCCGCAUGGCGGCCGACCUCUCGCAGGAGGCGGCGCCCUGCUGGACCGGCGUGGGGAGAGGCCGGUAUCUGUCGCCCGUGGUCGUGGGCGCCCUGAACGAGCAGCUCCGCAACCCGGAGUUAGAGCCCUCGGGUCCAGACGUCCCGACGCGGCGGCGGCGGCUACAUCUCCGAGCGGCUACGGCGCGGAUGAAGGCGGCUGCGCUGGGUCAGGACCUUGACAUGCAUGAUGAGGAUGAAGACGCCAGUGGCUCCGGAGGGGGACAGCAGUACGCAGACGACUGGAAAGCUGGGUCAGCCCCUGCGGUUCCCCCGGCCAGGCCUCCAAGGCCACCUCGUCCUCCUCGAAGGGACGGUCUGGGGGUCAGAGGAGGAAGUGGCAGUGCCAGAUACAACCAGGGCAGAAGCAGGAAUCUGGGAUCGUCUCUUGGUCUCCACGUCCCGUUCACCGUCAUUCUUUUCCCCUCAGCCCUCACCCUGCUUGGACUUCGAUAACCAGGGAGGGGUGCCCUGGCAUCAGAAGGGUUAAUGGCCUUUUUCCCUCCACCUCUCUCAGCUGAGCGUGAGGAAGAGCAGAAGGGGGCUACAGAGGGAGUAGAAAGGGACUUUGUGGGUGAAUGGCUGGGGCCCCGAAUCCAGGAGUUUCCCGUUGGUGGGUUGGGCAGUAGAUGGGUGUUCAUAAUAUUUAUUUUUUCAUUUGGGAACUGGGGAUAUUUAUUUAGGGAGUAUGGUUCCGCUCUUUUAAGGCUUGGGGCUCACUGAUGCAAAAGGCAGGGAGUGGGGUGUUGGGAAAAGGGUUGAAGGAAUUUGGAAGUGGGAGGGGUAGGGACUGUUGGCAUGGGGUACCUGGUAUUGAAAAGGAACAAAUAAACCUAGCUGGAGUGAUGUCACGCGCCUGUAAACCAUUAGUAUUUGGGAGGCUGAGGGAGGAGGAUUCAGAGUUGGAAACCAACAAAGCUAGGUGCUGACAGUGGGGCAGAGGGUGGGGUGGGGAAGUGGACCUGGGUUCUGUUGGCUCUUUUAAAAAUCAUGUUUCUUAAGUGUGGGGGAGGGGCAUCUUGUGACCUUUGCCAUCUGCAUCCUUACAAGCUUCCAUUUCAUAUCUCAGUGUUCAAGUCAGUGUUUAUUGGUUAAAUAAAUAAUAAUUUAUUGGACCA